AUGUCCAAUAGUUGCCAUUACGACUGCUCUUCGCAUCCAUCGGGGAUCGAACCAUACGGCGACGUUGCAGGCAUUGGCGUUACGGUCGCCUUUAUCUCGACGGCGUGGAUAGUUGUCUUCUUGCUUAUAAUAUAUUAUCUAGCUGUUUUCAAUCCAGAAUUAGACCCCUUCCGGAAGAAGAAUGCAAAUACACCUACUCAAUACCCGAAUCACAUUGACUUUUCAGUCCUUCGACUGGUCCGCUUAUUACCUAACCGACGUUUCAAUCUGCACCACGCCUCUCGACUAGAACCCGCACUCAAUAAAUGCGUUAUUACCCUCUCGGAUAUCCAGAUCUUCACAGGCAUAUCCGUCCUGGUCAGUGGCUGUAUUGCUUUGCAUUGUGGCAUAUCAGCCUAUCAUUGGCAAUUAAUUGUCUAUCUGGCUUGGCUUGCCAAUGUCACACACCUAGCAACCCUUUCCUUUCUACGCAACCACUUUGCAAACAGGCCCAUGAAACUGGGAUGGCGAGUAGGACUCAUGUUCGCCGUACUGGGGAUGCUUUGUUUUGCGGUUGGUUUGACAGCCUAUUUUGAAUGGGAAAAUGGCCCACAGACCCCGGCUGAUCACGCCGUUUGCUACCUCGGGAACCCACUAGACACCAAGACAAUCACAUUCGAAUCUAUGGUGAAAAUGAUAUUUCUACUGGCCUAUGGAUUCUCUAUCCGUGUCGCUAAGAUGUUCAGAGGCUUCGAGACAUCACUGCGGCAGAUUAGUGCAAUAAUGAGGGCAACAUCUACUAAAAGGCAGCGCGGGGGCAGUCAGAGUAUUUCUGAGCUAGACCCCAGAGGGAGGGAGAGAUGGCCACGACUGAUUAGUACAGUAAUGAAAAUAGUAUCACCUCCAUGUUUGCACAGAGGAAGUCGGAGAAUUCCUGAAUGGGAUCCCAGAGCUGGGGAGGGAUGGCGGGAGCGUAUGGCGAUCCUAAUAUAUGACCCCUUUGUCAUUGCGGGCUUUAGCUUGAUCAACAUCCACCUUGAUCUGUUUACGUCGUUCCUAGCAGAGGUGUAUUGGGUGAUUUUUGCGCUUAUCUGGGGAACUAAACGACUAUUCUAUACACGAAACCUGGGACCUAGUGAAGAGAACGAGUGGUCUUUCGGUCAAACCCUACCUUUAGUUCUUCUACUGGCACCCGUGGCGGCUAUUUUUGAGAAUUUUCCUUGGCGAUCAAAACCCAGUGGAAGAGAAGUGAUAAGCCAGAGCGGCAUAAAUGAUGGCAGUCCCGACCAUCUAGAGCUUGAAGACAAUCGAGUCACUGAUAUGAACAAUAUUGAUCGCGAGUAUGUGGAUUCUAUCUCUUACCUUGGUGCAUUUUGUCUGGCAGCAUUUAGUUACAUACAAGCCGGCAUCUUUUUUGUUGUUGACGACCUUCGUGGUAUUUCUCAGCCUUUCAGGUCUUUUGCGUUUUCAUUCUUUGUCUUCAACCCCAUCUUACAGCUUUGUUGGAUACUAUGCUCGUUAUGGUUCUCCAGAAUGCAUUGGAUCAUACCUUUAAAGCGAUCAGCAAAUGCUGUUGCUCUGCUUUCCCUUGCUAUAAUCUCAAUGACAGAGUUCUGGGGAUCUCCUGAUGACGAUCCUGAGAUCGACAUCGCUGGGAGGGCAUUAACAAAUCUGUUGGUCACAUAUACAGCCAUGAUUAUAAUCUUUGCGGCUAACCACUGGAUUGGAGAGUCAUUUUGGAAGAUUCCAAAACUGGUACUUGCAUUCCUCCCAUUGGUGCUUUUACCUCUUGCUGUUAUCGACGUGGCAAGAGACGAGGCUUGGAAAUUUGCUUGGCCGUGUCUUCUGGCCUUUUCAUUAUCGAUUUUUUGGUUUGUGGUUGAAUGCUGUAUGAAUGAGAUAAGACUGGCAGGAGCCAUGCUUAUAAGGUCUUUAAUGUCCUGUGCUGUCUUAGUCUCUAUACUCUUAAUGUUCUAUAUAAGCAGCCUCAGGGUAGGCAACCUAUUGCCAAGUGUAUGGGAAUUUUCAAGUUGGAUAAUUAUUAUGUGGAGCGGCUUGGUGUCCUUAGCUUUGUUGCUUUCUGUAUUCGAAGAUGGGGAUAAUGGUGAACUUGCCAGGAUGUGGUUGUUGACCUUGUUUUGCCGUGGUCGGAUAUCUUAA